GCGGGCAGGUUGCCAUCAGUCACCGAGUCACCUAUGCUACGCAGCACUUGGUGAAGUUGUGAGCAAGUUUCAAGGUAACGGAAGUUUACCCUACCUUACUCAGUUAACAACUUCCUACCUUCCUCGACUGAUGUUUUGUGGGGUAACUAACUACCCACAUAUGACGUGAAAAAAUAGAAAUAAAGUUUACAGAUACGAGGUCACCUCAAGACUCCAGUGAUUGAAACAUAAGCUGCAGUGGACAAUGCUCAAGGCCCUGACGAUAGUGAACUUAUUAGGCCUCGCCCUGCAUGCCUGUCACUUUCUCACAUAGUGGCAAAUAUGGCAGAAUGUGGCAGAUAAUGUCUUCAUCUCAUCUGUUGCUACCCAGAGGAAUUUUGGCAAGUGGUGCCCGAGGCAUCAGUGCAACAGUGCAAUGUUCUCAACAGCCUGCUGGCUCACACUCAACUAAAAGUAAUGCUGACAGAGUACAAAGAGACACCCAGGACAUCCUGAAGCAGAGGCUACAGAUCCAGUUUUCCCGUGCCAAGCUUGGGCGCUUCACUCAGCCUCCUCCUCGUCAGGAGAAUCCUUUUACCAACAAUGCAUUCUUGACGUCCUACCUUACUAGAGUGUUACCUGAACAAGUUCGGAAUAAUGUGUGGGGUGACCUCACCAGGUUUGGAAAGAAAGCCGUGGUGGACAUUUACCCAUUAGGAAGAGAAUGUGAGCUGAACCAACCAUUUGUGAGGCCAUUUGAUGCUUGGGGGAACAGAACAGAUGAAUUAGUCACAUGUCAAGCAUGGAAGGAACUGAAGAAAAUAUCUGCUGAAGAAGGUCUAAUUGCAACUGCCUAUGAAGGAAAAUAUGGGGAAUAUGAUCGCUUGUAUCAAAUGGUGAAGCUGUUCCUCUUCUCCCCAGUGUCAGGCCUGUACUCCUGUCCACUAGCCAUGACAGAUGGGGCAGCGAAGACAGCAUUGAUGAUCAAAUCCCCCCAUCUGCAAAAAGCAUUCCAAUAUCUCACUUCAAGGGACCCUCAGCAGUUCUGGACAUCAGGACAGUGGAUGACAGAGAAGCAAGGUGGGUCAGAUGUGAGUGGUUCAACAGAAACAGUUGCUGUGGAGCUGCACAAUGGGUCUCAUCAACUGUUUGGGUACAAGUGGUUCAGCUCUGCCACAGAUGCUGAUAUGUCCCUCACCUUGGCUAAUAUCAUCUCUGAGGAUCAACCUGAGCCAAAGCCUCGUGGUUUAACAAUGUUUUAUUUGGAGACAAGAAAUGAUGAUGGAAAACUAAAUGGAAUGGAGAUAAUUAGAUUGAAGAAUAAAUUAGGAACUCGGCAGCUGCCCACAGCUGAGCUUCUGCUGGACGGCACUGUAGCCCACCAGGUGAGUGCCGAGGGGCGUGGCAUUGCCUCCAUCGCUAACAUGCUCUCCAUAUCCAGGCUUCACAAUGCCAUAUCCUCAGCUUCAGUGAUGAGAAGGAUUGUACAGCUUGUGCGUGACUACAGUCAGCGGCGGGUUGCCUUCGGACAAGGUGUGGAUAGCCACAUUUUGCACCAGCUGACGGCUGCCAGGAUGGAGGUUGUCACAAGAGGCUGUGAGGUGUUCACUCUUCAUAUGGCAAGGCUUUUAGGAAGAGAGGAAGCAGGGGUAGCUUCUCAGGAAGAAUCCUUGGUGCUUCGAACACUGACUCCCAUCCUCAAGUUCUUCACGGCUAAGAAGGCAAUGGAGGUUGUCUCUGAGGGGCUGGAGUGCUUUGGAGGCCAGGGUUACAUUGAAGAUACUGGCUUGCCUUGCUAUCUGCGGGAUGCUCAGGUUCUGCCAAUCUGGGAGGGAACGACAAACAUAAUGUCCUUGGAUUUUCUCCGAGCAGUGACCAAGAGUAAUGGAGAUGCCCUCAGUGUCCUGCACAGUGACAUCACUGGCCGUGUUGAGCAAGCCAAGCAAAAUAAAGGACAUCACGAUUUGGAGGCCUCAUGUCGAAAGGUGACGGAGGCCUUGGAUCAUCUAGCUGGCUUCCUGCAGCAUCACCCUCACCUGAUCCAGGCAGCAGCACGAGACAUUGCUAAUUCCAUUGCUCACAUCUAUAUUGGCAGCCUUCUUGUGGACCAUGCUGCCUGGGAGAAAAGCAUAUCCAGCCUCCAGGCAGCCAAGGUGUGGUGCCACCAGCCCCUCACCUUCCUUGCCCUGGACCAAUACACGGCUGACAACCACCAUCUUGUCAUGGAAGGCUACCACACAGAUCAAGUGUAUGGACCCAUGUUUUGAAAUCCCACAUCUGCUCAAUAUUGUCUUCACUUGUGAUGCAGCUUUAUGGAUAUGUGUUUGCAAUACCACAUGUUCUCAUUAUAGUCUUCAGUUGAAAUGAACUAUAAUUUAUUUAAAGAAUAAUUUGGUUGGGUUUUGAGACCAGAGACUUGUGUUAAUAUAUUAGAAAAGUAUUAUUUUUGAAUAAAUAUUUUACAUAUCA